ACUCAAAUCUCUGAUGAAAGAUAUCUACAUAAAAAUUAAAAUAAUAAAUUAAUUUUUAAAUCAUAGAAUAUAAGAAAUUAAAAUCACAUACCCGAAAUUUCUGUCAGUUUGUUUAUUUCUUAAUUUUAAUAGUUCUACUGUAAAAAAAAAAAAAAUGUUAAGACCUAAAGUGUUGUCUCAAGUUCUAAGUCAAGCCAAUAGCAAUGGUGUUGAAAACACUAUGCUAUUGACAUAUGAUGGAAGUUUAUUGGCAUUUAGCGGUUAUGGUGAUAGAGAUUCAAGCAUCACAGCUAUAAUUGCAGCUAACUUGUGGAAUACUUAUCAUAAAAAUGGUUUAGCUACUCUAAAAGAAGAUCAAUUACAACUAGUUCUCAUGGAUUGUACGGAAGGCAGAAUUGCAAUUAAACAAGUUGCCAACAUCUUAUUAUGUUUGUAUGCAAAUCGAUCUGUAGAAUUUGGUUUAUUAAAAGAAAAAAUAACUGCUUUAUCAUCAUACUUAGACGGUCCGCUCAGGCAACUUUCAGCAUCUUAAUACACACAAUCAUAUACUAUAAAUAUAUUUCUUUAAUUGUUUAAUAAUUUUUAAUUAUCACCAAUAUAAAUGUAUAUUAUGU